AUGCCCUCGCUGCCGUCCCGUCGUCUUUCGCGGAAGUCGUGGAACUGGCUUUCGAACAUCUGGCGGUACUUCCGGGGGCAUCUGAACUUCUACCGCGUCCACAUCCUUGUCUUCCUUUUUGCGCCUCUGAUAUUCUCUGCCAUCAUAUAUGCGGCCAAUGGAGAAUUCCACAUCGCCUACAUCGACUGCCUCUUCAAUUCCGUCAGCGCCUUCGCCGUCUGCGGCCUCGCAAGCAUCGAUCUCAGCCGAAUGACGCCAUUCCAGCAGGCUUUGUUGUUCAUACAGUUGUCCCUUGGAAACAUUGUAGUGGUGUCAUGGGUAAUGGUGUAUAUACGGAGGAGCUUCUUUGCGAAGAAAUUCCAGCGCUUCAUGGAAGCUGACAUGGCACGCAAGUUGUCUCGUCAAUCGCACAAACACGUGGAAGUCAAGUUAGUUCCGUGGUGGCGUAGAGCAGCAAAUAUUGUCUUCGGCCAGACAAAAUUGGAUUCCGGCGAUGCUAAUGAUAGUGGAAGUAGUUCCACUCCUGACCAUAGAGGGGCGCAGACGUCGCGUCUACGGCCAGAUAUGAUUCGUAGGAUGGAUGAUGCACCGCGCAGAAUCAAUCCGAGCGGGUGGAUCAGCGAAGCUCGUAUGGACACUAGGGGCCACGCAACAAGUGAAGCACCUCAUGGAGACGUCUCCUCUUCGCCGCAGUUCUUGACGUUUUCAGACAUAGAAAGCCCUGCGCCUGUGGAUGGACCUGCUCUCCAAGGUUCACCUCGCUCUGCGUCUGUGACCGAGUUGGAGUCAGAUGUUUCAGAUAGCAAACACCACGGGGCUGGCGACGAGGAGGAGGAACAAAAUCGGCGGCGAGUUCUUUCGGAUCCCCAAGUGCCACCUAUGAUGUCCGAAUUGCACAAAUCUGGGCAAGGAGAUAGGCUACCGCGUUCGAUUUCUGUGUCCGUUGCCUCACCCAACAGGCAAGGCUACUUGCCGAGAACGCAAACAAUCGAAUUUGCUGCAACCCCUCGGCCGUUGCGCUCUGCUCGUUCUUUCGGUGAGUUUGGGGGUCGGGUCAACUCAUUGGCCCAACAGGGCACCAUCACCGACUAUUCGACUCCACACGAUCGUAGGUCCAUGCACAGACCAACCAUAUCGAUGCCGCAUACAUUCGAGUCGAGAGCGUCUUUGCACUCGCAUCCUCCCCGAGUGAUGGAUACCGGCUUUGGCGGCUUUCCCAUGCCAUUUGAGAUCCUCUCUAGACUGUUCAGGCAUUUUUUCCCCAAACUGGAGCGAAAGUUGACCCGCACGGUUACAAUGCCGCGGACGCGAACAAUUGUUUCCCAACACGGUUCAGUGGCGCCAGGGGCCCGGCCCGUGUCGUAUAUAAGCUUCGAGGCGGUCGUCGGCCGCAACUCAACGUUUAAGAGGCUGACACACGAGCAACUGGAGGAGCUCGGAGGAGUUGAAUACCGUGCGCUUGGGGCCCUGCUUUGGAUUGUUGGAGGGUAUCAUCUGGUGACGCAGUUAAUGGCUUUCACCAUCAUUGCGCCUUAUGUAUCGAUACCUCGCUGGAGCGCGGAUUUUAAGACCCCGCAGUUAUUCAGGAAUACCUCGCCUAUUUGGUUCUCCGCAUUUCAGGUGGCCUCCGCGUACACGAAUGCGGGAAUGUCGCUGGUGGAUCAAUCCAUGUUACCCUUUCAAGAAGCGUACCCAAUGAUAGUGGCCAUGAUAUUCGUGAUCUUGGCUGGCAACACUGCUUUUCCUAUAUUUUUACGAUUUACAAUAUGGAUAUUGAGCAAGCUAGUGCCGCGGCAGUCUCGCUUGAAUGAGACCUUGCAUUUCCUACUCGAUCAUCCUAGACGUUGCUUCAUAUACCUUUUCCCUUCUCACCAGACAUGGUUCUUGCUGACGAUUUUGACGAUUCUCAACACGACGGAUUGGUUCGCUUUCCUUGUUUUGGACCUCGGCAAUUCUGUGAUUGGGUCAAUUCCCGUCGGAGUACGUGUCAUCGACGGAAUGUUGCAGGCCGUCGCCGUUCGCGCAGCUGGCUUCGGUAUAGUACCCCUAGCUGCUCUGGCACCAGCUGUCAAGGUACUCUAUGUAAUCAUGAUGUACAUCAGCGUAUACCCGGUCGCUAUGAGCGUCCGUUCGACAAAUGUUUAUGAAGAAAAGUCACUGGGUGUUUUUGAGGACGACCAGUCCUCGGUGGAUGUCAAUUUCAAUCCCGCCGGGAAUCGGGUUACGGUAUGGAGUCGAUAUCUUGCAAUGCACAUGCGGAAACAACUUGCCUUUGAUAUGUGGUGGCUAGCAGUCGCGCUAGUCUUGAUAUGCAUCGUCGAACGCGACAGCCUCGAAAAUCCUGCCAACGCGACGUGGUUCAACAUCUUUAACGUUCUGUUCGAGACCGUGUCUGCAUACGGUGGUGUCGGCCUCAGCCUCGGUGUUCCCUACGACAACUUCUCGCUGUCCGGCGCGUUCAGUCCCCUGUCCAAGCUCAUCAUCUGCGCGGUCAUGCUGCGUGGGCGCCACCGCGGGCUGCCGGUUGCGAUCGACCGCGCGGUCAUGCUUCCGUCUGAUUUUGAUGUCGUCGAGCCACCGCCGACCUCGGAAACGCCUGCGUAUCACGACGAGGAAUCUGCCCCGGCGAAGCUGUCUUCUCCCGAAUCACCUCGCUCGCGAAGACUGUCUGUCCUGCGCACGCUGUCCGAGGCCCCCAGCCGCGAUACGCCAGAUCGCGACGAGCAGGAUCGUCCUGUGGGCAAUGGAGACGUGAGUGCGUAG